GCACGUUUGUGGUGUCUCGAGCCACUCUCCGUCACCGUUCUGUUUACUAAAGCCCUAGUUUAGUCUCCCGUCUCUCUACUUUCCCUCGCUGACUGUAUUCACCCCAAACUCCGGCGGCUGAGACGACGUCGACGGCGGCGAGUGAUCAGAGCUGAAAAUUUGCGGCGGAUUGAAGAGCGAUAAUGGCUGGAGAUAGAAACGGAAUUAGUCGACAAAGGCCGAACAUACUGAUCACCGGAACGCCUGGGACCGGUAAAUCGACGGUGGCUUCUGCGUUGGCCGAGGCCACGAAUCUCCGACAUAUAUGCAUCGGAGAUUUGGUCAAAGAGAAGAAUUUACAUGAUGGAUGGGACGAUGAGCUCGAGUGUCACAUCAUCAACGAAGAUUUGGUGUGCGAUGAGCUUGAGGAUGUGAUGGAAGGAGGAGGGAACAUUGUGGACUACCAUGGAUGCGACUUCUUUCCAGAGCGUUGGUUUGACCGGGUCGUCGUGCUUCAAACAGAGAACUCCGUCUUGUACGACCGAUUAACUAGGAGCAGAGGUUAUUCAGGAGCCAAGCUUACAAACAACAUCGAAUGUGAGAUCUUCCAAGUCCUACUAGACGAAGCAAGGGAGAGUUAUCGAGAAGACAUUGUUGUGGCGCUACAAAGUAACACGAUCGAGGAUAUCUCUAAUAAUGUCGCGAGUUUGAUGGAUUGGAUUAGAACCAGGUGACCUUGAUUAUCUUGGAUAACUACGGUUUAUGGCGUAAUUUAUUUACCUUUUAUGAGUUUUUACUGGAGGGUUUUGAGUGGGAAGCUUGUAAAGCUCCCACCUUUUUUACGUGUAUUGUACUUCUGAAUCUGAUACAAUAUAAAAAGUUGUAUUUUGUCCUCUA